AUGGAGGCAGCAGAAAACGCAAGAAAAGACGCGGCAGUGGACGGAAUGCGGGGCAAAACAGAGACCACACUUGAGCAGAUAAAAAAGGCGGGGGAAGAUAUAAUACGGCAGGCCCAAGCGAUGGGAAAGUGGAUCACAGAGACUGCGCACGCCACGCAAAGACAGCACCAGCAGAAGAAGCAGCAGUGCAUGCGAAGAGAGGCUCUUCUGCAGGACACGCUUUCGCAGCUGAAGGACGAAAACGCAAAGCUGCUGGAAGAGAGACAGCAGCUGGCCCAGGAAACCGAGAGCGAGCACGAAGAGGUGAAAACCAUGAAGCUUGCGCAGCAAAACAUGGAGGAGAGGAUGCGGCAGGCGCACAUGAAAAAGCACGGCCUGGAAACCUCGCUUUCGCAGGCGUCCUCGCAGGUGGCGCAGCUCCGCAGAGCCCUUAAGCAGGAGGAGGAGCGGGAGGAAAAGGCCCGAGAAAAAGUCCAGAAAGACGUGCAGCGCUAUUCUGCGCUCCUCAACAUGAAAAUAAGCGCGGUUGAAGACGGGUCUGUGCUGUUUCUGUUUAGGCUUGAGAAGAGCGAGCACUACUUCCAAAUCACAGUGAGCGACACGUACAGCAUACUGAGCGCCAGCGUGGAGGAAAAAGCGUACAAGCCCUUUUUGGAGGAGCUUGAGAGCGGGCACGACCUGUUCUUAUUUGUAAAGCAAAUGAAAAUUCUCUUCGAGGGCGAGCACAAAAAACGCCAGAAGACUACAGAAGACCAGAACAGAGAGCAGCCAGGAACAUAG